GUUACGCUGCCGGAUCUGCCCUAGGGGAGCACCCCGGGAUUUGGGGCUCCACUCUCCCAGGCCGGCAGCGCAUCCUCCUGGCAUCUGCGAAGGAAUGAGCGUCUCCAGGAGGGCAAGAUGCAAAGGCGCAAGGCGACCACAGAGUCCCUGGCAUGCCUGGGAUAGGGUGGAGGGAUCGGUGUACUCGGGUCUUAGACUCCACGACCUUUCCCGGUUCCUCGGGAGAGCACCGCCUGGGAGUCGGGCUGGGUGCAAGGGGCCAGCGCCCUCUAGGCAGCGGAAGUGGCGCUGGUUGUACAUCCGUCCCCGCCUCACAGAGUUGGGAGAAGACUGGCUGGUGCGGGAAAUAUGCAGGAGAAAAGUCUUUGCAUAAUGUAGAGCGAGCCGUGGGGCUCCGGGAGCGGCGCCCCAAGGUCUGGGGCCAUGAACGCGAGCGUGGAAGGAGACACCUUUUCUGGAUCGAUGCAAAUCCCAGGAGGCACCACGGUGCUGGUGGAGCUGGCACCGGACAUCCACAUCUGCGGCCUCUGUAAGCAGCACUUCAGCAAUCUGGAUGCCUUUGUGGCCCACAAACAGAGCGGCUGCCAGCUGACUACCACGCCGGUGACAGCCCCCAGCACGGUCCAGUUUGUGGCAGAGGAGACAGAGCCUGCCACCCAGACCACCACAACGACCAUCAGUUCAGAGACUCAGACUAUCACAGUUUCAGCUCCAGAGUUCGUCUUUGAACAUGGCUACCAAACUUACCUGCCCACGGAGAGCACUGACAACCAGACAGCCACCGUGAUCUCUCUCCCCACCAAGUCACGCACCAAAAAGCCCACAGCACCCCCUGCUCAGAAGAGACUCGGCUGCUGCUAUCCAGGUUGCCAGUUCAAGACCGCCUAUGGCAUGAAGGACAUGGAGCGACACCUGAAGAUCCACACCGGUGACAAACCCCACAAGUGUGAGGUGUGCGGGAAGUGCUUCAGCCGGAAGGACAAGCUGAAGACGCACAUGCGCUGCCACACGGGCGUCAAGCCCUACAAGUGCAAGACGUGCGACUACGCGGCGGCGGACAGCAGCAGCCUUAACAAGCACCUGCGCAUCCACUCGGACGAGCGACCCUUCAAGUGCCAGAUCUGUCCCUACGCCAGUCGCAACUCCAGCCAGCUCACCGUGCACCUGCGCUCGCACACGGCCUCUGUGCUCGAAAACGAUGUCCAGAAACCGGCGGGCCUCCCUGCUGAAGAAAGCGAUGCCCAGCAGGCCCCUGCAGUCACUCUGUCCUUGGAAGCAAAGGAGAGAACGGCCACCCUUGGAGAAAGGACCUUUAACUGCCGCUAUCCAGGUUGUCAUUUCAAAACCGUUCAUGGCAUGAAAGAUUUGGACCGCCAUCUAAGAAUCCACACAGGCGACAAGCCACACAAGUGUGAGUUCUGUGAUAAGUGCUUCAGCCGGAAGGACAACCUGACCAUGCACAUGCGCUGCCACACGAGUGUGAAGCCACACAAGUGCCACCUGUGCGACUACGCGGCCGUGGACAGCAGCAGCCUCAAGAAGCACCUUCGCAUCCACUCGGACGAGCGGCCCUACAAGUGCCAACUCUGUCCCUACGCCAGCCGCAACUCCAGCCAGCUCACAGUGCACCUGCGCUCGCACACGGGGGACACCCCCUUCCAGUGCUGGCUCUGUAGCGCCAAAUUCAAAAUCAGCUCGGACUUGAAGCGGCAUAUGAUCGUGCAUUCAGGGGAGAAGCCUUUCAAAUGCGAGUUCUGUGACGUCCGUUGCACCAUGAAGGCGAACCUCAAGUCCCACAUCCGUAUCAAGCACACCUUCAAGUGUCUGCACUGUGCCUUCCAGGGCCGGGACCGGGCAGACCUGCUGGAGCACAGUCGCCUGCAUCAGGCCGACCACCCGGAGAAAUGUCCCGAGUGUAGCUACUCCUGCUCCAACCCAGCCGCCCUGCGCGUACACAGCAGAGUCCACUGCACGGACCGGCCCUUCAAAUGUGACUUCUGCAGCUUUGAUACAAAGCGGCCCAGCAGCCUGGCCAAACACAUCGAUAAGGUGCACAGAGAAGGCGCCAAGACUGAGAACAGGGCCCCUCCGGGCAAGGAUGGUCCCGGGGAGAGCGGUCCCAACCACGUGCCCAACGUCAGCACCCAGAGAGCCUUCGGAUGCGACAAGUGCGGUGCCUCCUUUGUCCGGGAUGACUCUCUGAGGUGCCAUCGGAAGCAGCAUAGUGACUGGGGCGAGAACAAGAACUCAAACCUGGUCACUUUCCCCUCAGAAGGCAUUGCUUCCGGACAGGUUGGCCCCCUGGUCUCCGUGGGGCAGCUGGAGAGCACUCUGGAGCCCAGCCAUGACCUCUAGAGGUGGAUGGGUGGCCUCUCAGGAGUCUGACAGCGCCGAUGCCAGCCCGUCACUGUAGGGAGGACCUUGCCUUCUCUUCUAGAGCUUGGCAGCCCGUCCUCCCCAGCCUCCAGCAGUGGAGCGGUUAACCGAGGGCAUAGGUGCCAACGCAAGGUCACAGGGAUGACUGAACACAGCUCAGUUCCUUCUCUACAAGCAUUCCCUGAGUGCCCUGUGGCCUCAGCCAUCCAAAGGUGGGCUCCACUAAGCACAAGUCCACCCCGCUGGGGAAAGCCGCUGCCUGGGAGUUGAGAUUGGAAAACUGACUCGUCUUAACUGCACUGCAUCUGAACUGAGCUGUGUGGGGGAAGAAAGGAGCCCGUGCUCUGUCAGGAUGUGUGGUAAAAUCCUGUCUUAACCUGGGUAGCGGCUGCUAGUGUUAGCCUUAAAUAUUUGUGUGGUUUCUUUUCUCUGAUUUUUUUUUUCCAAUAAAAAAAGCAAACUUCUCCCUGGA